AUUUAUGUAUGUGCGAAAAAUUGUACAAGUCUUUUUCAAUAAAUGCAAAUCUUUACGAACUGAAACUUUUCGUAUUAUUUUCUAUGUACAGGACCGUGUGCAAGGUUUUUACAGCACAUAUAAAAUGUUGCCUAUUCACAGUUUCUUUCUUCACAGGCAAUAUAUGUUGUCUUCCUAACGAAAGGCGUCAGUAUGCCAUUUGACUGACUUCUCGAAUCUGAAUUUAUGAACUUUACAUUCUUCUGCUAUCAAUCAAGUUGAAGAUGUCAAAUGCAGCUCAGAAAACUCCUAUCAGUCUGUUGCAGGAAUUGUGUGCAACUAAUGGUAUAAAUCCAGAUUACCAACUUAUGUCUGUGGAAGGUGCAGUUCAUGCACCAACUUUUAUGUACAGAGUCAGAGUUAACGAUGUGGUAGCUACUGCAACAGGUCAGAGCAAAAAGAAAGCAAAACAUGCAGCUGCUAAAGCAGUUCUGGAAAUAUUACUCUCUGAAGAUGGAUUAUUUAAAGAAGGUUUCGUUUCCGAAGGUGUAACUGUGAAUUUUCAGACGUUAAAUGAUGUAAUUGCUGAAUCUGUCUCGGCUCCUCCUGUUGAUGAGAAUUGUUCGAAAAAUCCUGUUGGAGCUCUGCAAGAAAUGUGCAUGAAAAUGAGAUGGCAGCCUCCGUACUAUGAAACUGAGAAAGCUACUGGUUUACCUCAUGAAAAGGUUUUCUCGAUUAUGUGUAUGGUUGACAAUUUCCAAACUUCAGGUGAAGGAAAGAGUAAACGACUUGCAAAACGACAAGCUGCUGAAAAUAUGUUGAACAGAUUAAAAGCAUUAAAUAUUAUUUCUGAAGAUGAAGAAGAAGCUGCAAGAGGAGCUAAACAACCAGAAGAUGGUGUUUCAAAUAGCACAUCUGCAUUUUGUGAUAGAAAUUCAGAUGAAGAUGAAUUAAUUAUUGACUGUCAAAAUCUGUCAGUUAAUGAAGGCAAUGACAUGAGAGGGAGCUCAAUAACUGCAGGAACUUCUGAAUAUCCUGAUUUUACAGAAGAGAAAAUAAAAAAUACAGACUCUGCUGAAAGUUAGAUUGAACUUUUAGUAUUUCUUGAAAUUUUACUUUUGUGAAAAUAAUUUUUGCAAUUUUCACUUGGUAUCAUGUACAAUUAUGCAGUUGUCUGAAUUGUUUUAAAACCUAUGAUUCUGCCAUCUCAUCCUCAUAAUCAAACAAAUGUACAUAAUUGUAAUCGGAAUUCCUUUUGCUUUUGCAUCACCCUUAAGUCCAUUAAUUGUAUAUUUGUUAAGUUUUAUGUAUUUGGCAUUGGUAAAUUUAUUAAUUUUUUAAGUAAGGUUCUCUAAUAAUAAGUACAAUAUGUGAAGUACAAUUAUCAUUAUAUUUUUGAAAUGAAGCUAUAAUUAAAUAGUGCAAAUCUGAAAUAGUUAAAUCUUACAAAACAAAGUUAAAUUUUUAAGUUUGAAAAAAAUAAAUGUUUCUCUUAGAUAAGCACUGUUUAUUAAUAAGUAAAGCCUUAUUGUGUCUUUAUUAGUUUUCCAUAUAAACCUCUGUCAAUGUAUAUAUUACUUUUUAUUACUUAUAUUUACUGGUUAUAAAAUUUGCUUGUUGAACUAUGAAAAGACAUUUAAAUUUUAAUAUUUUCAGUGCAUUUAGACUUUUUUUUUGCAUGAUAGAAUUUUUUUAUUUUGAGGUGAGAUGCAAACUUUUACAGAAUGAACUCAAAAAGGUGUCUACCAGAAUUAAAAAUAGAGUUUUAUUUCCCAUUUUCGAUACAAAUUUCUCUUAAAGUCAAUCUGCACCCCACACAAGCUUUUCCUGCUGUUUAUUCUUGAAAAAGUGGGUGGGUGGGACUUUUUAGAAUUUGUAAAAAAAAAUCCAUCAACUUUAUUCUAAAAAAUUUAAAUUUAAGCACUUAUCAAGAAAUAUAAACAUUUCCGUCUUAUUUUGCUAAAAAGAAAAAUAAUAAAUGUAUGAAUGAUUUUCAAUAACAUGUUUAACAAUAACAUUGUUUUCUAUAAAAGUAACAUUGUUAUUGUUGUGGUGUAACAUAACAAAUUUUCUCACUGCUUCAAUUGAAAAUGUGUUAAGACAUGGGUUUGUCCAUGAAACCUUUAUUUUUAGAUUUUAAAUAAUAUUUGUCCUUUGAAUUUAUAUUCUUAAUUUAAUGAGUAUAUAAAUUACCAUGUAUAUCAUUUCUUUUCUUUUUUUUAAAGAAAAAUCUUUUUCAUGUGUUUUCAAAGUUGCAGCAAAUUAUUAGCAUUUAGAAAUAUUUUUUCAAUAAUUUGAAAAACAUUUUUAUGAAGUUGGAGGAUAAAAGAUUUGAAUUAUCUGUAAAACACUUGUAAUAAAAUAUAUUCUUUUUUUUUUCCCUGUUAUUUUCUUAAAAUAAUUAUAGUUACACUGUAAAAAAUUGUAAUUAUAUUUUGAUAAUUCUUAAAUUGCAUUCGCAAAUUUUAAAUUUUUAAUGCAAUCUUGUUUCCAAGUUGGAUAGAAUAAGAUUGGAAAAUGUUUAUGAAAUCAGAAAUGUCUUUUCUUUGUAGACAUCCUAUUCAAGCAUUCAUUUUAAAUUUUAAUGAUAGUUAUUUAAACUCAAGCAUUUUUUUUCUUUUGCAUUUAUUAGAGACAAAGGGAGAUAAUAAUCUUAAAAACAAUUUAGUGGGUACUAAAAGUGUAUACAAUUUACUAGGUAUUAUUUAGAUUAAACUUUUAAGGAUUUUUCUUGCAGUUCAUGUUGCUCUAAUUAUUCUUUGUGUUAUUCUUGCUUAUGAUUAUUCUGUGUAGGAAAUUAAUGUAAUUUAAGACAAAUUUUGUAUAAACUAACAUAAGAAUUAUUUGCAUUCCACAUACAAUGUGCUUAAAUAGUAUAUUAAAUUCAUAUGUAACCACACAAAAAUUUCUAUUGGUUUGUAGUUUUAAGUUUGUUUUAUAUAAACUCUCUUUUGACCUUUAAGUUUUAUAUAAACUCAUUUGGCCUUUGAUAUUAAUAUUUUUGAUAAAUAUUUAAGAAAAUUGCAUUUCUUCAUGUAAUACAUGGAAAUUUUUACAUUAAUGAUAAGAUUGUAAGUUAAAUUGUGUUGGCAUGAUGAUUAUUUCCUCCUCCCCCUCCCCCUGCUUAUUUGGCAAAUGCUUGUACUAGUUCAAAAAAAAGUUUAAUAAUAGAUAAUUUAAAAUGUAUAUAAAUUCGAUAAGAAUACACUGGGAUGCUUAAAUAUAUAUAUAUUCAGUUAAAAAGAAAUUUAGAAUUAUCUUGCAAUAAUGGUAUAGAUAAAUAUUUAUCCAGUGAAUGUUUAUUGGAUAUAUGGUUACUGUAUUAUGUGAAAAUAUGUUGAAUUAUUCACAGUAUUUUUAUUCCUUCUUUAUUUAUAAAGUACCUCUUCCUUGCAUCCAUCAAAAAUUACAUUUGCAGUGAAUCCCAGGUUCUGAAAUACUAAUUUUUAAAAUUUCCAAUAUUCGCAAAUGAUGACAUUGUAAUCAAGAAAGAGAUUUCAUUCUAGUGAGAAUUAGAAUAAUAUUAUGUUUGGUCAGAAGUAGAAGUAUAUUAUAUAAAAUAAAAAUAAUUAAUUCAUAAAAUUUUGAAUUUAAUUUUCUGUUAAUAAAGCAGAAUUGACACUAUCUACUUUGUUGGGCAUAGUUUAGUAAAAGUAUUUUUCAGUUAUUUUAACCUCUGCCAGGCCAUUAUCCCUCCCGCAAAUUGGCAGUUUUUUAAAUUUAUUAUUUCAAAAUUUUAAAUUGAUUUGCUUAUUAAAAUUUAAUAGAUGUUUAAUUUAUAAUUAUAGUAUUAAUAUAAUUAUUUUUAUUUAUAGUCUGUUGGUCCAAAAUGUAACUGAAGUAAGGAAUUGCUUUAUGCAUUAUCUUAUAAAUUCAUUUUUAUCAAUUAAUUCAAAACUACCAGCAUAUUUCUGUUUCUGAAUUCAAAAUAAUAUGCUACAAUUUACAUACACAAGUUAUUUAAUUUUGGAAAAUAUCUGCAUUAGUGUUUAUAUAUGAAGGACAAAAUGCUAGUAAAAAAUAAUUGCUUCUAUUAUUAAAAUAAGUUAUUUAAAAUACUGCUCAGAUAUUGUUCUUAAAAUGUUUCUAUUACAGCUUUGUUUAAUGCAAAUAUUUCAAGCAUUUGAUAUGAAGUCAUUAUGGGAAACUUUUAACAGAUUUUUCAACAAAAUAAAUAAUAAAAAAGAUAUUAAAUUAAUGAGUUAACAAAUAAGAUUUAUAACAUUAUUCAAUUUAAUUUCUAUAUGAGAGAUAGGGGGAAAAUUAAUUAUAUUACAGAUCCCUCUUUCUGAUCAAAAUUCAGUUUCUGCAGUUAAAAGAACUGAAGAUUUUAAAAUAUAAAAUUUGUUUAUGUUCUUAUCAUUUAUAUAUAUUUAAAAAAAAAAAAGGAAACUGUGAUAAAAAUAGAGCAUUAUUGACUUGAAUAUAUGUAAUGCAAAGUGUUUUAAUCAUUUUUUUUUUUUUUGCAUGAUUUGUAUAUUAUUUUUCUUAUUACUUAAUCAUCAUUUUAUAAGCAUAUCAAAAAAAAAAUUACAAAUCGGAGAAAAUUUUGGUAAACAUAAGAGAUAGUCCCUUUGCAAUUGCAUUUAUUAAUUCUAAUGUUGAUAUGAAAAUUUCUAUCAUUCACUUUUUGUAUAAUUAAGUGUACAUGUUACUGAGUCUAGUCUCUAUUGCCUUUAUUAUGAAUACCUCCUGAUGUUUGGUUUAUGUUUUUGCUGUAUAUUUUGAUUUUGUCAAGGAAAUAAAUUGUUUUAUCUGACUUUA